CAGUGGCAGUGGCAGUGGCAGUGGCAGUGGAGGUUUCCGUAUCACUUAGCAAGAUUAAUUUAUAAACUAGAGUUUGAUAUAUAUAUAGCGGAGCAUUCACAGACGGCGAAAAACUAGUAGUAUAAUACAAUCAAUAUGGCAAGCCUCAAAGCACGGUGUGCACAGAUCCUAAGUUGGUGCGCCACCUGUGUGUUUAUGGCGUUUGCCUUUAGUGUAUCCUUACUAGAGAUACUGCUAGACAGUACAGGUAUAACCGUCAGAACCACGAAGAAAUCGCUCUCAUAUAUUACAUUUAAAUGCAUAAGUGUUCUGUAUAAUGUACGCUCGCAGGCGAAGCAGUACUCGGAAAGGGCUCAAUGGAUUUUAAACGGCACGCUCGCGGCGCUGCAAGCUUGGUGCUAUAGUAUCAAGACACAAACUAGGGGUACAUACAAGUUACACGAAAAAUUUACCAACUUAUUGUUCAGAGACAUUCCGAAAGCGCCAAGACAUGUGGCUAUCAUUGUCAACGAGGAGUGUAAUGUUGAACGCAUGGGGAGUAUAGUUGCGUGGUGUAUAGCCAUAGGGGUUCCCAAGAUCAGCCUAUAUGACCAACAAGGU